AUGGCGGAUACAGCGCUAGCCCUGGAUCUAGGAGAAAAUGUAAGAAUUCAAGCAUACGCGGAUGACUUCAUACUGAUAAUUAAAGGAGGGAACAGGCUAAGACUAGAGGACCACGCCCACAGAGCGCUACAACAAAUAGACGAAUGGAGCCUAAAGUACAAGCUCCAAUUCAGCAUAGAGAAGACAAAGCUAAUACUUUUUCCGAAAGGAACAAAGCUUCACAGAUCACCAUCCAGAAUAAAAUGGAAGGGAAUCCCAAUUCCGCGUAAAGAUGUACUCAAGUACCUGGGCUUUGUAUUGGAUUCCAAGACAACAUGGAUUCCACACCUAAGUACAAUAAAAGAUAGGACCCAGAUCAUGAUAAAUAAACUUAAUAACAUAGUCUCACGGACAUGGAAUAUGAAGGGGAAAUUAAUAAAGAUCAUCUCUAAUAGAGCAAUAGAAAGGAUGAUCCUUUAUGGAUGUCCGAUUUGGCAUACAGGGACGGCACGGCAAAAGCAAAAAUUACUACAAAUACAAAGAGGAGCCCUCCUAAGUAUUACAAAAGCUUAUGCAACAACACCGACUUCAGCACUCCAAGUCCUUUCGGGAAUAUUACCCCUGGACUUGCGAGCAGAGAUGGAAAGGCAAAUGUACAGGCUCAUCCACUUUAAGGAAGAUACCAGAAUAGGAUACAUAACAAUCUGGGCCCAUGAAGUCGAAGAAAGACUUCCAGCCCUCCACAUGCACUCAGCAAAGAUCAUAAAGACAAAAUGGGACAAAGAUCCGCCACAGGGUAAAGAUCUCGAGACAUAUACAGAUGGCUCCAAAAUGGAGAACAAGGUAGGAGCAGCAUUCGUAGCUUUCCUCAACAAUGAGGAAAUCCACAGAGAACAAUACAGGCUAAAUGACGAAGCCACAGUGUUCCAGGCGGAAGUCUUAGCACUCAAAAGAGCGCUCCUUUGGAUAGACCAAAGGACAGAAAACACGCUUAGAAUAUUCACUGACAGCUUAAGCACGCUACAGAGCUUAAAUAGUAUAGAACAAAGAUCAAGAAGCAUAAUUAGUCUAAAAGAGAUGAUCCAUACGAUAAGGGAUAACAAAGACCUUGAAAUAAACUGGAUAAAAGCCCACGACGGAAACAAAGGGAAUGAGAGUGCGGAUGAAGAAGCCAAAAGGACCACACAAAGAUCCUCAAUAGACAUAACAGUUCUUCUACCGGAACAGUCGGCAAAAUCAAAGAUCCUACAAGAAACACUAAGGACAUGGCAGGAAAGAUGGGAGGAAGAGGAAACGGGCAGAGAAACAUACAAAUAUUACCCGAGAAUAUCUCUCAAAAGGCUCAGGGCAGAUCAUCUAUUGGCUCAAAUAUUUACGAAUCACGGAAGAUUCCCGAGCUAUAUGUCACGCUUUCACAAGCAACAAGUACGGUGCGCCUGCGGCACGAAUGGGUCUUUAGCGAACGCAGCCCACUACCUCCACAGAUGCCCACAACUCACCAAAAUUAGAGCGAAGAUUCUCCCAAGAAUUCCAAGUCCAGAAAUACUGACUACCAGUAAGCGACAUCUAGCGGCAGUGAGGGAACUCAUGAAAAUCAUCUCAGAUCCCUCAAACAACCUAAUUGUGACGACGUGA